AUGCCCGGCUGGGCUUUAUAUGUUCAUCUGAGUGCUCGACCCCGACACGGCAGUCUAAGCAGCUCUUUGUGCCAUAGCGGCAGUGCUGGGGGCAGACUCUUUAGUGAUUUCCUGCUGGAUCUUUACUCAGAUGUGAAGGACUAUGAGAGUCAAACAGGCAGGAGUUUACUUCCAGCAUUACAGUCAGUUUAUCAGUCACCUGAUGUCUGGAUCAUAAAUCUCUCAGAGAGAAAGACCUCCAUCCUCCUGGAAGUGCUGAAGCUUCAAACAGAGAAGAAACCAGUAAAGCUGAUAGUCUGGACAUAUGAAGAGAGUCAAGUGAUGAGUUUACUUCAAUGUCUGCCAUACAUCUCACAACUGAGAUUGAAUCAUCAUUAUAUCAGCGAUGCUGUAGCAUUUGUGUCAAAUCUUUUCAUGAAAGCAUCAGAAACUGAGAGAGACACAGGAGAUCAGAUGCUGAAGCAGUUGACAUCAGUCUGCACAUACAGAUCUUUUCCUUGUGGAUUGUUUAAUUAUGAUAUUCAGAGUGAUUUUCUGCUGGAUCUUUACUCACAUGUGAAGGACUAUGAGAGUCAAACAGGCAGGAGUUUACUUCCAGCAUUAAAGUCAGUUUAUCAGUCAGCACCUGAUGUCUGGAUCAUAAAUCUCUCAAAGAGAAAGACCUCCAUCCUCCUGGAAGUGCUGAAGCUUCAAACAGAGAAGAAACCAGUAGAGCUGAUAGACUGGACAGAUGAAGAGUAUGAAGAGAGUCAAGUGAUGAGUUUACUUCACUGUCUGCCAUACAUCUCGCAACUGAGGUUUGAGCGCAGUGAUGAUGAGAAACGACAAAUGUCUCCAGUGAAGUUUCUGCUGAGGAUCUGUUAUGCAGCUGUAAAUAAUGACAUCAAUACAGGAACAAAUUUCAUUACUUGGCUGUCAUCUGUGUGCAGUUACAAAACCUUCCCUUAUCAUAAGGAAAAUUAUAGAGAUGAUGAUUAUAUUAAAAUUAAACAGAGUGAUUUUCUGCUGGAUCUUUGCUCACAUGUGAAGGACUAUGAGACUCAAACAGGCAGGAGUUUACUUCCAGCAUUACAGUCAGUUUAUCAGUCACCUGAUGUCUGGAUCAUAAAUCUCUCCGAGAGAAAGACCUCCAUCCUCCUGGAAGUGCUGAAGCUUCAAACAGAGAAGAAACCAGUAGAGCUGAGAGACUGCACAGAUGAAGAGAGUCAAGUGAUGAGUUUACUUCACUGUCUGCCAUACAUCUCACAACUGAGGUUUGAGUACAGAUAUAAUGAGAGAAAACAAAUAUCUACAGUGAGGUUUCUGCUGAGGAUCUGUGUUACAGCUGUAAAUAAUGACAUCAAUACAGGAACAAAUUUCAUUACUCAGCUGUCAUCUGUGUGCAGUUACAAAACCUUCCCUUAUGAUGAGAAAUAUAAGUCUGAAAUAAACCAGAGUGAUUUCCUGCUGGAUCUUUGCUCACAUGUGAAGGACUAUGAGAGUCAAACAGGCAGGAGUUUACUUCCAGCAUUACAGUCAGUUUAUCAGUCACCUGAUGUCUGGAUCAUAAAUCUCUCAAAGAGAAAGACCUCCAUCCUCCUGGAAGUGCUGAAGCUCCAAACAGAGAAGAAACCAGUAGAGCUGAGAUACUGGACAGAUGAAGAGAGUCAAGUGAUGAGUUUACUUCACUGUCUGCCAUACAUCUCACAACUGAGGUUUAAGUACAAUUAUGAUGAAACACAACAAAUGUCUGCAGUGAGGUUUCUGCUGAGGAUCUGUGUUACAGCUGUAAAUAAUGACAUCAAUACAGGAACAACUUUCAUUACUCAGCUGUCAUCUGUGUGCAAUUACGAAACCUUCCCUUAUUAUGAGAGAUGGUAUCUGUGUGAUAAUGAGUUUGAAAUAGAACAUAGUGAUUUUCUGCUGGAUCUUUACUCACAUGUGAAGGACUAUGAGAGUCAAACAGGCAGGAGUUUACUUCCAGCAUUACAGUCAGUUUAUCAGUCAGCACCUGAUGUCUGGAUCAUAAAUCUCUCAGAGAGAAAGACCUCCAUCCUCCUGGAAGUGCUGAAGCUCCAAACAGAGAAGAAACCAGUAGAGCUGAGAGACUGCACAGAUGAAGAGAGUCAAGUGAUGAGUUUACUUCACUGUCUGCCAUACAUCUCACAACUGAGGUUUGAGUACAGUGAUGAUGAGACACAACGAAUGUCUGCAGUGAAGUUUCUGCUGAGGAUCUGUGAUACAGCUGUAAAUAAUGACAUCAAUACAGGAACAAAUUUCAUUACUCAGCUGUCAUCUGUGUGCAGUUACAAAACCUUCCCUUAUGAUGAGAAAUAUUAUGAUGAUGAUUUUAUUAAAAGAGAACAGAGUGAUUUUCUGCUGGAUCUUUACUCAGAUGUGAAGGACUAUGAGAGUCAAACAGGCAGGAGUUUACUUCCAGCAUUACAGUCAGUUUAUCAGUCACCUGAUGUCUGGAUCAUAAAUCUCUCAGAGAGAAAGACCUCCAUCCUCCUGGAAGUGCUGAAGCUUCAAACAGAGAAGAAACCAGUAGAGCUGAUAGACUGCACAGAUGAAGAGAGUCAAGUGAUGAGUUUACUUCACUGUCUGCCAUACAUCUCACAACUGAGUGGUGAUAAGCGCUGUGUGUUAAGUCUGGUUAAACUGGUUCAGUUCAGAGAGAAUCCAGAUCUGGUGAUGUCACUGUUUCAGGCUCUGGACUUCAAUCUCAGUCUGGAUGGAAAAUUACCCAGCAGCACCUGCAGACUCUCUGAAGAGAUUCUCCAGACGCUGGCUGAAUGUGUGUAUGAAGCUCAAGAAGAGGAAGUGACUCUGUGCUUCCUACAGAAAGUGGGCGGAGAUUUGACUUCCUGUUCCUUCAGCUGGGAAAAACUUCACUAUUUCCUGCAGUGUGAAAUUCCAUCAAUCACUCUUAACCUUAAAGAAAGAGACACAACACUCAACAUCAGAGAAAUACUGCCAUUUCUCAACAAGAUUCACUUUCAGCGGAUGAGCUCCACCUUCAUGUUGUGUUUAAUUCGAGAGAUCUAUGAGUCGAGAUCUUUUGUGUUUGUGUUCAGUUUUUUGAGUUCAGUGAAGAACUGCAUUAACCUGCAGAGCAGAUCGCUGGACUCUGUCCACUGCGCAGCCCUGCGCUUUAUACUGCAACACUGCACUGCAGUUACACUCAACAUGAUGUGGACCUCCAUACCAGAGGAGGAGCUAGAGAGCAUUCAGACUCUCUUCAGUCACGUCUCCUGCCUUAGUGUUGACAGACGGCUGUUAUUGAGAAUGAUUCACUGCUGCAGUUCAUCUGAUGUCCAGCAGGAGGCGUCAGUGGUUUUGCUCUCUGCCCUGCAGCACAAACUGGACUUCACCUGUGAUUCAGCACUGGACCUGACAGAAGACACAGAGACUCUACAACUGACUGCUGAAGACUGCCGUGUGAUAUCUGCAGUCAUUCAGAGAGCUUAUAAAGAUACACAAACACUCACACAGCUGAGUCUACACGACUGUGAGAUUAAUACAGCUGGAAUCCAUCAACUCUUCUCAGUUUUACACUUUGUUAAACUCCGCUGUGAUAAAUGGAUGCUGCUUCAGUUUCUCUCUCAUGUGGGUUCUGGGGAAGCUGAAUCUCUUUCUCAGGCUCUGGGUGCAGAAGUGGAUCUCAGUCAGACUCAGCUGGACCUGCAGGUCUGUAGAGGACUGGCGCUGGUUCUGGAUCAUUCUGAAGGUCUGACAGAACUGGAUCUCAGUCAGUGUCAUCUAACUGAUCAGAGUCUGGAUCUUCUGCUGCCAAACCUUCACAAAGCAGAAAUCAUUGAUUUUAGUGGCAAUAACAUCACUGACGCUGGGGCACAGAAAAUCUACAAUAUCGUCUCUCAGUACAGUAACAUAAAGACAGUAAGGCUCUUCAACAACAGAAUUCAAUCCAGAGAGAUCCUUUACAGAAACCCACAAUUUGAGAUCUGGUGAUGCCAAAAAACUU